AUGGACGACCGGGACCUCGACGACGCGGCGCUCUGGGCCUCCGUCGACACGGCCGUCGCCGAGGCCUCGCGCCGCGCGCUGCCCAGGCCGCCGCUCUCCCCCGCCAUCUCCCUGUGGCCCGCCCCCGACGACGACCCCCACCGCGGCGAGGCGCCGCAGCCCGCCCGCCCCUUCAAGCUCCCGCGCGUCGCCUCCCACGCCCACGCCCGCGGCCGCGCCACGCCGCUCCCGCCCCCGCCGUCGCCCUCUUCUCCCCCGCCCUCCAGGCCGCUGAUGCUCGUCCAGAGCCCGCACCCCGAGCUGCCCUGGGUGACGGAGCCCAGCGCGGCGGGGAGCCCCGCUGCCGCCGCGCACGGCCUCUUCCCCUCCGCCGCAGCGUCCGUCGCCAGCUUCAGGAAGUACCAGGAGGUAGCCGUCUCGAUUCUAGAUAAAAGCGACUACACCGUGAUCAGUGGGAAUCCAUACAUAAAGAAGUCAGGGUGGAGGAAAAUAUCGUGCUUCUACAAUAUCUCAUUUGAAAUCAAGGACCACUCUAUUGAAUUUGAUGACAGCCACAAUGUCAACCGUGCUGAAUUUCUUGUCAGAGCGUCUAUGCAAAGUGGCAGGUUCUCAGAUGGUUGGGGUUCAUGUGAUCGACGGGAAAAGAGAUUCAACAAGCCAAACCAUGAUAUCCCCAGCACAGCUGAAACAAGAGCUAAGAACAAAGCUUGUCAGGAUCUUCUUGGCAUCGGCCAUAACCGUCCGGGAUGAGUGAGGCCUUGGUCCAAGGCCUGACUGAGACACCAGCAACUCUUCUCUCCUGGUGAACUGAAGACUGUAUAUACACUGUAAGCCGAAGACCUUAAAACGGUGAGGUACGAGUGCCUUAACGCAGGACCAGGGAUGAUAGAACAACCUGAAGUGAGCUCACUCGUUUUUUGGGUGUUUCCAGAAAGAUCAUCGUGUCGUGUCGAUCGUUGCGUCGCUGGCUGUACACUCAGCAUUGGCGGCGAAGUUUCGGUAGCAGACAUGAGGCUGUUCGUCACUUGCUACCUCAGUCACUGGAUUUCUGUAGAUGCUAUAGUAGCUUUUGAAUCUCAAUUUAGCUGUAGUACGCGUGGGAGAUUGCGAUCAGACGGUACGUGUGGGAGGAGUCUGACUUGGUUGGGGUCCGGUGAAUCGGAUGGUACGCCUGUGGAUUGUUUCAGCUGCUUGGAUGCGUCCUUUGAGAGCUGCAGUGGGCGUGGUGUGGAUUUCUUCUCUGUCAUUUUAUUUUUUGUGCGAGGGGACAUUUUGUAGAUGUCAGUAUCGUCCUCUGAAGCCUUUUUGCCAAGUCAACUGCGGAUUUUGUUGAGCAAAAGCCGGCACGCUUGAUGGAUUGUUUGGUCAAUCAAGAAUGGACGGCUUAGGAACUGUCCAAGGGACGAAUAACCCUUCUCUUUUGCGAAUGCGUAUAGAAAUAUGUCUAUUUUUGUACUACACAUUUAUACAAAGAUAUCAAGGGACGACAUGAUCUCGUUCCUUCGUUAGGGGUGUAAUAUACUUUCUUUUCAUGUAUA